AUGCUUUCUUCUAUUCUCUUCCUUUCUGUCCUCUUUUCGACAGCCUGGAGCUGUCCAGAGCAUGACAAUUAUCGUUCACAUCCUCAUCUUGGUCGAAGACAAGUCCGAGUCGACAAAGGCCGGGUGCCAAAAGACUGGAACUACGCUCUUUCUUUCGACUGGGCUACAAUCAAGCCUGAAUACCACCUUUGUCAAUCUGGCACACAUCAAUCGCCCAUCAACAUUGUCGAAAAGGAACUUUCUCAACAUCACAAGCCUAGCUUUGAGGGGUUCGCAAAGGACGCCACUAUUCCAGGCAACUUCUUCAACUGGGAGUUCGCGCCGGCCUGGACACCUCAUCAUCCGGAAGGAGUGGUCACCGCACUCCCUAGCAUGAAAUUCGAUGACCAGGAGGUCUACAUGAUUGGAUGGCACAUCCACGCCCCCUCCGAACACCUUAUCGCGGGCAAGCGGAGCCGUGCGGAAAUCCAUCUCGUUCAUGUCACCGAGGAAGAGCACGAGGCCGCUGUCAUUGGCAUUCGGGUAGCCGUGGGUGAUAGGGAAUCCGCAUUUCUCAAGCAGCUUGGUCCAAUGAUCCAUUACAAUGACACAGCGCAGCUCGAGGGCUUGCCCGUCAAUAUGCGUCUUGCUAUCGAUGAGGUCGGCGGUGUCGAAGAGUUUUGGACUUACAAGGGCAGCUUAACCACGCCGCCUUGUAGCGAGGGUUUGCGAUGGUUCCUCCCCAAGCAGGAGCUGAUUGUCAGUGAACAGCAGAUGGUUGAGAUCCUGGCUGCCAGUCGAUUCUCCCAUCGAGUCGAGCAACAGGUCUGGCUUCAUGACGUCAACCUGUGA